AUGAAAGAAAAGGUGGGAUCGGCGGAAGAAAUAGAAUGUUUGGCUCGCUUGAAACCUAAAGUAGAAGUAGAGACGGUUCCCAAAGAAGACGUCGACAUGAUCAAGCCUGAGCCUCACGAUGAUGUGGCAUCUACUAUGAACAAUCAGGGGCCAUGUAGCAGCCACUCGAAAAGCUGCAACGUGGCAAUGGAGGACCUUGGACAGACGGAGGCAGCUGAUUUGCAGAGAUACUUCCUCGUCAAGGGGGAAAGGCUCUUGGAGCUGUUCCGUUUCUGUCCCCAAUGCGGAGGACAACUCGACAAGACACAUUUGAAAGCGGUCGGGAGUGCAGCUGUCGUGCGGUUUCUUUGUGAGAAUUGCAGUGUUCGAAAACCAUCGGUGAAAAGCUGGGAAAGCAAGGAUGGUGUUGCCUCCAGUUAG